UCUUUCGGUGUCAUUAUUAGAAUUACUUUGUGCGGUUUAUAUUAAGAAAAUAGAAUUUUGAAGAUGUCCAAGACGAACGUUAUAGACGACUAUAAAUAUAAAUGUUAAAUAUUGUUGUUACCUAGAGACAAACGUUUUAUUGACAAAACAUUAAUUUGUGUUUAUUAAAAUGGAAUCGAGAGUUAUAAAGCCGUCCUACGAGAAAAUACACUUUCCCAAGCGUAUCAACCACGAAUAUACCGGUGAACACUUCGCCUCCAAGGCACAGACCAAUACUUUGAGGAAACCAGACAGCGGAGAUGCAAUCGAUCGGAGCGUAGAAAUCACCCACUAUCUCGCUCAGCAGCGUCUCGAUAAAACGAUGAAUAAAUUAAACCAAACUCGCAAAACAGCGCAAGAAAAACGAAGAUCCUUAGAUGAACAGUGGGAAGAUUUAAACGAGAAAGAAAACAACCUUAGGCAGAAUUUUAUUAGAUUUAGCCAGUUUAUACAGGAAAACAAGGAGAAAAAAGAGCGAGCGAAAAACAAAAUCGUGGAACAAAAUCGAUUGCGAAAUGAGAGGGAUUUGAAGAUUAAAGAAUUACGGCAAAAAUGUGAAGAAAUUGCUCGAGUAAAAACGGCGAUGGAUAAAAAUAUUGCUUCGUACAAAAUUUACGAGAAUUUUUUGGCCCGCGUUGUUGAAUACGAACCUUCGAUGCAAAAUGUUACCGAUCUUCUGCAGCGGUUUGAGGCUUUAUUAACCGCUAAGCACGAGUUAAACGCCAUUCAGCAAAGAGACAUGAUCAAAUUAGAGAAAGCUAAAUCAAAUUUGAAACAAAUUACAGACUCUUACAUCAACAACAUUAACACAAUACUCAAUAAGAUUACAACUCUGGAAGAACGACACGAGAUGGCGCAGUUCGUAACUCGCAAGUGGGGUAGGUUGCAUCACUUUGUCAUGGGGAUGACCACAGAUAAAAUGUCGGAACUGGUCGCCAUCAAAGAGAUUUGCGAAAAAAUGUAUUUGGAAAUUUGCGACAGAAAAAACGUCGAUGCUGUCCACGCGGGAAAUGUCGAACAGCAAUUGUUUGUUAUCAAACAAGCCGUCGGCGAAUACGAGAUGAUCAACAAAAUUGCGAGAGAAAAAGAGGAGAAGGAAUUGAAAAAUUCCAUGGAGCCUAACGUGUCAAUGAUGGCAUAAGGAUGUCUGUUCGUUACGCACGUUGGCCAUUAUUCUGGGCUAUGAUAAUUUUGUCGGUUGCAAUGCGGAACAGUUGUGUGGAAGAUUUGCCAAACCAUGCUCGAAGAUUGGCCAGCCAAGAGAGUCUCUUGCGUCCUGGCGCUCUUCCUGGAAUUGUUCCCUGAAGGAUACACUAGAGUAAUUCAUAUCUUAUUUUGUUUCUCCUGAUGUGACCCAGGAAUUGAAGUUUUCAGCAUUUGACGAUGUUGACCAUUUCCAUGGAAGUUUUAAUUCUCCGUAACACUUCUUCAUUAGUAACAUUCAGCAUUCAAAGGCCAUGUCUCCACACUAUACAGAAAAACCGAGUAAAGGUAACACUUUAGGAGUUUUUCUUUAUUUCCAAUGAAAGGUUGGGGCUUUUGAUUACUUGACCCGUGACUAAGAAAGCACUUUUAGCCUUUCGAAUUCUGCACCGGAUCUGUUGAGAAUUGCCCCACGAUUAAUUAGAGUUCCCAGGUAGUUGUGAGACUGGAUUCUUGUUUGGUUUAUGUAUAGAUUUGCUCCAUUUAUGUAUUUAUUACUAUUAUCACAAGUUUGGUUUUACCAGUGUUUAUAUCAAGUUCUUCUCUGUACCUUUGUCCAUUAGCUUUUGCUAUUGUAUCCGCGAAUACUAGUGUAUCAACUGCGUAUCGCAGGUUAUUAAGUUUGAGACCAUUUAUAGAGACACCUUCAUCUAUAUCUUUUAGUGCUCCUCUAAAGGUGCCAUCCGAAUAAGGACUGAAGAUCAGGGGUGGAAUGAUACAUCCCUGUCUAACACCUCGCAAAAUCUCAACCUUUUUUUCCGUCCAUACCGGUUUCCUUCAGGGCAUCUAUCAUUAGGUGAUGUCUAACACGGUCAAACGCUUUCCUAUAGUCCAUUAGACAUGCAAAAAUAUCACAGCUCACGUCCCUACAUUUUUGAAAUAAAACUUGCACACUGAAUAAGGCCUAUGGCUUUCACAAAUCCAAACUGAUUUGGCGCUAUUUGUUCUUCGCAUAUUCGAUAGUUCCUGUUAUGAAUGACCUUUAGAAAUAGUUUCAACAAAUGACUCAUCAGGCUAAUAGUACGGUAGUCGCCACAGAUCUUCGCGCGGGAUUUCUUUGGAAAUUAUAAAUUCAGAUUUUAGCCAUUUGUCCGGUAUUACUCCUGGAAUGGAGUUGAAAAUUCUUGUAACUGUUUUGAUUUGGUCCUUCUCAAGUAGCUUAAGCAGGUUUGACGGCACUUCAUCUAGACCUGGUGCUUUCCCAUCCUUCACUUAUUGGAUGGCUGAAGAAAAUUCGUCUGGGAGUAUUUCAGUUCCUGAGUCGAUUUCAAUGAUAAGUUCUUGCUUUGCUCUGAUGCUGUGGAAUAGUUCUUUCAAGUAUUUUUUUCAUUCGAUCUUUGCUGAUGACAAAUUACCAUCCUGAUCUAUUAUCUUAUUGUAUUUGUUAUUUGUGAUUUUUUCAGCAACUUCUUUUAUUUUGCGGUAUACAUUGAAGUUAUCGUAUUGAUUUUGGUAGUGUUCUAUUUCUUGGCAUUGUUCUUUUUCUUUGGCUUCUCGUAUCUUACUUCUGAUGAUGGUGUGGAUCAUUUCGCUCCAUAAGCUCCAGAAUUUCAUUAGUCAUAACAAUAGGUAAAACCAUACAGCUAGUUCACUUGGUAGAACAAAUAUUGGUCCUUCUACGGUAAAAAUUAAUGCGCCGCAGCCGGCAUUAUUUUCGUAGAGAAAGUUAUGAUUUUCCGCGCAUGCCUCUACAUUUCAGCCACUCAGCGCGAUAUCCACUCACUUAACUAUUUUCCCUAAGAGGUUUAGACGUAUUUUGGCAAAAUACUGCAGAGAAAAAAGUUAUAUGAAAUCAAUUAAUUUAAUUUAUUCAUUGGGUCACUCCAUAGUCAUUUUGCCCUAAUGGGGUUUUGUUGCUCUACAGGUUUGUGAAAUAGACUUAAAAAAAAAUCAAAUAUGAUACGCUCUAUCGGAGAGGCGCUAAAAAUUAGUUUUAGGUUAAGUGCCUAAAUUCAGAAUUCUUUUAAACGCGGGUCGUUUUUAAAACGAUUUCGGGAAGAAUCUCAAAGUAAUGUUCGCGUGAACAUCCAUUUCCAACCCGCACAAACCCCUAAUGUUUUUUUCAAACUUACCUAGGUGAAGAAUUCCAUAUGGAACAUAUACACGCA